AUGCAGGCGUCAGACGCGCUGCCGGACCCCCAGGCGCCUGCGCCGGAGCUCGCGCCGGAGCUCGGGUUCACGGCACAGGAUCUCAUUGACCAGCAAGAGCAGCUCGAGACGCAGGCGUCCGAGGCGCUCCCGUUUCGGAUCGACAAGUGCACACACAGCCUCGGUGCGCUUCGGCAGCCGGUGUACGCGUGCCGGACGUGCGGCGGCGGCGGCGUGUGUGCGGCAUGCAGUGUCGUAUGCCACGGCGAACAUGAGCUUGUCGAGCUUUUUCACAAGCGCAACUUUCGGUGCGACUGUGGCACGCCAUCGCUGUACCGCGAGCGCGUAGCGAAGGGCGACGUUACCGAUACCGGAUACCCCCCCGACGCAGUGCCGUGCGCGCUGCGCAAGGGCGAGAAGAACAAAGGCUGGGACGUGCCGAACGACAAUGCGUACUCGCACAACUUCCAAGGGCACUUUUGCGUGUGCGAACGCGGCAAGACGUACGACCCCGAGACGGAGGAAGAGACCAUGUACCAAUGUCUUGUGUGUGAGGAAUGGCUCCACGAGUCGUGUACAUCGUUUGAUGCGUCGGUGCUGCGUGCGGGUGAUUUUGACGGGAUGAUUUGCCAUGCGUGUUUACAGGCACCGGACGCCGGCGUCUUGCGGACGUAUGCCGGGACGGCCGGCUGGAUGCUGCCUACGGCAAGUGGCCCCGAGGUGUGGGACGGAGUCUCUGUACAGAAAAAAGGAAAUGUAUGCCUCUAUGGCGCUGCAGACGCGGCCGCCGACGCAGUCGCCUCGGCUUCGCCGCCGCACUCGCCGCCUGCCAAAAAGAGCCGCAAGGAUGCGUGCCGCGCACCUGCGUCUCCUCACCCCGCGAUCGUCUCGCCUUUGAAGCGGCACGACGUCUUUCUUGCGCCGUCGUUCCGUGCGCGCCUGUGCCGCUGCAGCGACUGUGCUCCAGCGUGGGCGGCCUACCCCUAUGUGUACGAUGAAGAAGAGACGUACGACCCCCCCGCCGAUGCGGACGAUGCCGCGUCGGCAACGUCCGGCUCGUCGACGUACGACCGCGCGGUCGCGGCGCUUGGCCAUCUCCCCCGCCCCCAGAUGCUCGAGUCGCUGCGUGCCUACCAAGGUCUGCGCGAUGCGCUGUACGAGCACCUGCGCCCCUUUGCCGAGCGGCACGAGCUCGUGAGCGAGGAGGCUGUCCGCGCGUUCUUCCGCGAGCAAGAAGCACAGCGCCAGAGUCCUACCAAAGCUAGUCGAUGA